CGUAAUUCACUUCAUUUCUCAUUUUGCUUUACUACAAUCUUGAAUGUUCGCAGCACAACUGAGUUGGAAUAAUAAUGGUCAAGGUCCACUAAUGCGAAUUACUAAAGUAAGCUUAAAUAUGUUCCAUUUUUAUAAACUUAUCUUGUUGUUGAUAAUUGCAUCAAAAGUGUACAUGGAAACAAGAGAUGUCAAAUGCGAGAAUGCAACGAAGUUCUGCGAAAACAUUUGGUAUUGCAAGAACAAUUCGUAUCCGGAUAAAUACAAAGCAUGCGGUCACGACGGUUUGGUGGACAGGGUUUGCUGCGAUCCCGAAUACCCACCAACUAAAAUCAGGAAAUAUUGCGAUUCAAUGUAUAAGAAGAGGGUAAUAGAUGAGUACGGAAACAAAGAUGAAUCCUCCAUAAUCCGUUCGAGAUAUGACACUCCCAGCAUUGCUGUUUUAGGUCAUCGAAAUGAGUCUUCGACGAGUUGGGAAUGCAUUGGAACAUUGAUUAGUAACAAAUUCGUGUUAACUGCAGCUAAAUGUCUUAAUCAAAGCAUAAAUAUUGUUCGUUUCGCUGAUAGAGAUUUAAACAAAAAUGAUGAUAAUGCUAAUACUCAGGAAUAUGGAGUGCUAAGACAUAUCAUUCAUCCAAAAUAUAAAUAUCCUUUUGCAUACAACGACAUCGCAGUGAUCGAAUUGAAUGACACUGUUACAUUCACGUAUUACGUUAAAUCUAUUUGCGUUAAUGAUGUAGCGAAAAUAAGGGAACCACUGUGGGAUGAAGUAGGAUACAAAAAGUUUAAAUACACAAGAAUACAGGUGCUGAGGCUAAGUAGUCGCGCGUGCAAUCUCUACUUUGACAAUGAUAAGUUUGCUAAUCUCGUACCUUUCGGAUUAGAUCCAGAUACACAGAUUUGUGCUAGCUCCCCUUCGUACCAUGACACAUGCCAGUCGCAACUUGGAGCACAGUUGCAAACAUUCGAUUUUAAUUACAGAGGUGUUACAUUUCUUAUAGGAAUAACGACGAUUCCUAAACCGUGCAGCCACACCAACGAACCCGGUCUUUACACCAGAGUUUCCCAUUACGCUCCUUGGAUCGAAUCUAUUGUAUUUCCAGAUGAUUAACAAAAUAUUAAACAUUUUUUAAAUUGUA